AUGGAUGAGAAGAGCACGAAUGCUGCCAGAAUCCCCCUUUACAGUAAAGUUCCACAAAGAUGGGGGAGAUAUCUCAACCCCAUCCUCGAUUGUAUUUGUCUAUCUUUCAACAGUAAGGUCGAUGGUCUGACUGUCCCUAUUCUUCGACACAUUUUUAUGCCUGUUGCCUUCAUCAUCGACAUAUUGUGUGCUCCCCCUCCAAUAAAAGGCAGAUUCGAUAAAAAGUUUCAUAAAUUAACCCGUUUUUAUAUCCUUGGGCUUCAUGUUACUGUAAGUUCUAUUAGACAUUAAUUUUUUCUUUUAGGCCUUAGUCAGAAUUGGAAUCUUGGUUUGCUUGGUGAAGAUUGUAAUCGGUGUUGUCUGGGCUGGUCGAACCUUUGUGAGGCAACGGUUUGUCCAAUAUGCUCAUGGAAAUCCACACGUUGCAAUUGAUGGCAUCGCUAUGAGGUUGCCUCCAGGUAUGUAAGAAUUGUCGUUCUUAGUUAGAUUUUUAGGUGAUGAGGCUUAUGAGCCCUUUCAACAAUUGAAAUUAUUCUCAUUCAUCUUGAUUUUACUCAUUUUGCCAAUGAUGCUCCGAAAUGGCUUGUUCUUUCUUCCUCUUCAGCUGUUCUGUGUAAGGUAUCAUAAGGUCCUCAAUCUGUUUUAGGCUUAUAUGUUUAUUUGGAACAUUUACGAUGCCUAUAAGUUCGCUUCUGAUGCUUUCCUGAAUUACUGGACGGCUUUUCAUCGAUUGUACACUUUUAAUGAGUAUAAUAAAACCCUUCACACGGCAGAAACAGACGCCAACGACUUUGUUUACAUCUUUCAGUCCAAGAAUCGUAUGUUCGUUUGAAAUGUCCUUUAAGCUUUGGUUUUAGAUUACAGAAUCAUAUUUGAUCUCUACUUCAAGAUACUCAGAUUCACUCUGCUUAUGUUCCCGGGAUAUGUGAUGGACAGAGUUAUGCAGUAUUACAAAUGGGACAGAAUUCUCGACAGAGUUGUAAGUUUAAUAUUGGAUAACAGUCCAUUAUGGGUGGAUUCCAUAAUGGGCAUUAUGGAAUCCACCCCAAAAAUCAUCGCACCUCAAAACCUCUGUAUCUUUUUAAAAAAGUGUAUUUUGUGUGGUCUUGACCCUUUUUCUUAAUUAGUAGUACUGAUAAAAAGUAAUUUGUGGAUUUCUUUGGCUAUCCUUCGUUUGGGGAAUAUCGGAUAUGGGCCCAAUAUGCAUAGACGAUGUUGCAAAAUUCUUUGACCAGCCGCCCAAUGAGUUUAAAUCACAACUAAAUUUUUUAAUGGCGAGCCCUGCUUUUUUGAGAUUUCAAAGCGAUCCCGACACUUUGGCUAGCCGAUCCAGUUAUUUUGCUAGCCAUUAAAAAAUUUUGUUGUGAUUUCAACUCAUCGGACGGCUCAAAGAAUUUUUUAACAUGGGCUGUACAUAUGGGGAUAGUACCCGAUCUGCCCCUAAAUGAAAUCCGCCCCAACUGAAGGGUAGCCAAAAAAUUCCGAAAAUUACUUUUCAGUACGACUACUUUUAACAUAAAAUACUCAUUUUUUUACAAAGAUACAGAGGUUUUGAGGAUACUUGCAAUGAUUUCAGAAAUAUGCAUCCACCCAUAAUGGACAGGCACGUAAUACUGUAAACCCUUACGCAAUGCUGUUUUAUGCGAAGGGAGACUGAAUAUGAACUGGGAUGGUGACUGAUGAACCGAUUGACAUUAACGUCCAAAGGUGUUAUAAGGCGAAAAACUUGGAACCUAGGUAGUAACAGAAACCCGGUUUUCAUAUUCAGUCAGCACCUAAGUUCAUAUUCAGGUGCCCUUCGGUGAAAUUUUACGUAAUCAUACACUCUUAUUUUUUCUAAUUUCAUUGAAAUAGACCAAAAUUUGCCAAAUUUCAUAUUCAAUCAGCACCACAGUUCAUAUUCAGUCAGACACCCGUUUUAUGUUAUGAUUUAGGUUUUUUUCAGCAAAAUUGUCUGAACGAAUUGUGCAAACCGUUCAUCAGCUACUUUUUACAUUACAAUCGUCGGCUGUUCCACUUGAUUGUGGCCAGCAGAUUGGAUCCGUUAUCUUCCCGAUGGCUCGACGAAUAUCUGAAGGAGGCCAGAAAGGAUGCUACAAAGAAAUCCAAGAGGUAUAAAUUCGAUAGGAUGCGGAAGGCCAGGGGAAUUGCGAGAUUGAAAGUUGAGAAAGAAAACAAGAUGGCUAAGAAAGAAGCAGAAAACAGGAAGAAUAACAUGACAGACAAUGCUUAUAAUGAGAGUGAAGUAUCCGCCAACAAUAAUAAGAUGCUCAACGGCAGUCCUGAUUUUGCAAAAGUGGUGUAA